GACACAAGAAGCUUUUUACCCAUCUCAUCUACACGUGGGGAUAUGUCUUCACCCAGAAAGGCUGCAACAGAGUCUGGAAAAGAUCAGAAGAGAGAUGACUCUAAUAUGGAAGACCUGAAUUUCUUUAAGACUUUGCCUUCAUCAAGUCAGAGAAAGACACCUAGAUCAGUUGUUGCAAAUGAAGUUAACUCAGAGAAGAUAAAAUUGUCCCUUCAGAAUAUCCAACAUAGUGAUUCUGAGGAUUUCUUUAAAGAAGCUGCACAAAGUGAGAGUGAGCAUAGUAUGUGGACAGCCAGUGGCUCCUUCCUAAGAGACAAGUAUAGCAGUGAGGAUGAGCUUGCAGGGCCAUCCCAGACUGUUUCUUCUCAUCUGCAUGAUAGUAUACAAAUUGUUUCUGAAAGGGAGUUAGCUCAGUUGGCUCGGGUUCAGCCAUUAAUAUUCAGUUCUCAUGAGCAAUCAGCCAUCAAGGAUUGUUAUAAAAUACUUCAGAAAAAAAUAGAAGAACGUGAAGUCAUCCGGGAAUUUAUGACGGGAGUGAGUCACUUCAUAAAACAGUUGCAGUUCACCAACUGGCCAGACCACAGCACUCCUGCCUCAGUAGAUGGUUUUAUCAAAUAUGUUCGUUUUGUGAGGAAGAGCCACCUUACAGGACCCAUCAUUGUUCACUGCAGUGCUGGCGUGGGACGGACGGGGGUGUUCCUAUGUGUGGAUGUUGUAUUCUGUGCCAUUGAAAAGAACUUUUCAUUCAACAUCAGAAAUAUAGUGGCCCAAAUGAGAGAACAGCGUUGUGGCAUGGUUCAAACAAAGGAGCAGUAUUACUUUUGUUAUAAAAUUGUGCUUGAAGUUCUUCAGAAGCUUGUGACUUUCCAUUAA